AGUAAAGCCCCAGCUCAGCUAAACUCACCCACACAAUAUAAAUCCGGAGUGGGCAGCCCGUCAGCAAGUUCUUGUAACGCUCACGCGACCGUACGUGCUAGUUUUAGGAUACAACUACAUUUCCCAGCAUUCUCUGCUCCGGCAGCUUGUUUAUCCAAUGGUCAUUCGAUGCGCUCCGCCUGACAACCAAUCGGACAGUAAUCUCUUAAUUCUAACGGUUAAAUACCAUGAAAAUCCCUAUUAUCAGCCCUAUUUACUUACUACAUUUUCCACCUCCGGAUACGCAACAGCAAUGUUGUGAUUUUGAUGCAAGACACGUGUUUCACAUCACCACGGAUUUCAAGUUUUGAAGAUGCUGUCAGGUGUCCGCUCGUUGUGUAGAGGUUGGUCGGGUCGCAGCAUGAGUUUAUCGCCGCGUCAGAUCAACCGAUGGCCGAGCAACGAGUCCUCCGAGCCUCCUACGGACAGUCCUCGAGUCCUCAUCACAGGUGGCCUGGGACAGCUUGGAGUUGGACUAGCUGAAAUGCUGAGGAAGCAGUAUGGAAAGGAAAACAUCAUCCUGUCAGACAUUAGGAGGCCUCCUGCUGAAGUUUAUAACAUGGGUCCAUUUGUAUAUGCUGACGUGCUGGACUAUAAAAACCUGAGGGAAUUAGUUGUGAAUAACAGAAUCACCUGGCUGGUGCAUUACAGUGCAUUACUCAGUGCUAUCGGGGAAGCUAAUGUGGCUCUUGCCCGAACCAUCAACAUCACAGGACUGCAUAAUGUGUUAGAUCUGGCUCUGGAGAACUGCUUGCGACUGUUUGUUCCCAGUACCAUAGGAGCAUUCGGGCCUUCAUCUCCCCGUGACCCAGCACCUGACCUCUGUAUCCAGAGACCUCGCACCAUUUAUGGGGUUUCCAAAGUCCAUGCAGAGCUGAUGGGGGAAUAUCUCCACCAUAAAUAUGGCCUGGAUUUCCGAUGCUUGCGAUACCCAGGAGUCGUUUCUGCCCACACCAAGCCAGGAGGAGGCACUACUGAUUAUGCUGUUCAGAUAUUUCAUGAUGCCCUCAGCACCGGCCAACAUGAAUGUUACUUGCGCUCCAACACUCGGCUUCCCAUGAUGCACAUAUCUGACUGUCACAGGGCCACCAUUGAGUUCAUGCAGGCCCCUGAAAGCCAACUUUCCCUGCGUACUUACAACAUCGCAGCCAUGAGCUUCACACCUGAAGAAGUGGCAGAAGAGAUUCGCAAACACCUGCCCCACCUGAGGGUCACGUACAAUCCUGAUACCAUCCGGCAGACUAUUGCGGACAGCUGGCCAGUGCGGUUUGAUGACUCUAAUGCACGUCAGGACUGGGGCUGGAAGCCUGCGUAUGGCCUGUCAGAGCUGGUCACAGACAUGCUGGCCUCCAUCCGUGAAAAAAGAACCAAUGCAGGACUACCUGUCAGCUAGCAGGUCUUCUCAGGGACUGAAACACAGAUCACCAGCACCUUUCCAGUACAUUUCCAAACUCAUUUAUUUCAAUUUUGGUAGCUGUUUCUUUAGACCAGGACUGUCCAUCAGUUAGAGAACUGCUGACACUGACGGUCCUCUAAAUAUGUAUGCUUGUUAAGAAAACAUGUUAACCAACAGUGAUAACUCACAUUCUCUCACCGCUCAGGAGUCUUUGUCUUUCUUCUCUGUGAUCUGUUCUUACAUCGUUUUUAAGUUGUCAUGGGAUAGGAGAAAACAAGGACAGUAUAAUAAUUAUAAUAAUAAUAAUAUUGCACACAUUAGAGAUGAAACUGUACAAUUGAAUUAUUUUAGAGAAAUCAUACAUAAUAUUAAAAUAACAAGGUCAGCACUGAGAAAAAUUCUGGCUUGGCCAAACUUCAAUAAUCUGAUGUUAUAAUUAAAACUCUUGCUUUCCUAAUUGUAACCAAUCAUAACAUUCUUCUUGGGAGGGGCUGAAUUUUGACCACUCCAUGUAUUGGGCACAAGAAGAUUGUGUCUCAGUUUGAACACAGCCAAGGGCAGAAAAUACCUUAAACCACUACUCCCUUUAGUGCUACUCAAAAAACUGCCUUUUUUUCCAGCUGCUAUCGCUGAGGAAAUCACAGUUGCCUGAAUUUUGGGUUCUGUUAAACCCACUUUUGUCUGUAUUGCUUUUUUUUUUAUUUAGGGUCAGUUAUCAAAGGUCUCUGGGUUCACAAUGCAUAGUGUGAUGGUGUGAAUUAAGUACUUAAUCGCUCAGCAUUGGUGAUGUAUUAUAAUAUACUGUUAAGAGUUUUUUUUUUUUUUUUACCAGUUUUUGUUAACUCAGAAGAGCAGAACCACUGGAUAAAACACCCAAAGCAGCCUUGCAAUAGUUAAGGGGCUGUUCUUUGGCCUUGGACUGUCUGAAAGUCUAAGUCUGCCUUCUGAAUAGGCUACUGGUGCAGGAAAUUUAUAUAUAUAUAUAUAUAUAUAUAUAUAUAUAUAUUACUCACUUUUCUUCCAAAGCAAGUGUGAUUUCGGUGUUAAAAGUUGAAUCUGCCUUCAUUUUUAGUUAUUAUUUAACCACAAAGGUUGUCAAUGAAUCUCAUUAAGAACUGGUGGGAAAUUGCAGUGUAUGUCAAAUAAAUGGCUUUAAUACAGCAAA